AUGAGCCUUUUCUAUGAGAUCCUGGCGGGGGUGUGGGUGCGCAACGGGUUGCAGAUCAAAGGGCAAGCGAUGACGUACAUCCAGGCGAACUUCUGCAACUCGAUGGUCGAUAUGGAUAUUUACUGGCUGCAGAUCUGCGCCGCGCAUCUCCCCGCUGAUCAGUUUCUCGACAUGUGCAUCGAUAUGUUCGGUGUGCGCGAGUGGCUGAGCAUGACGCCGCUGUCGCCGGCGCAGGCCGCCGAGCAGGACGCCAUGCUGGAGGGGCUGCUCACCUUCCUCGCCAUACUCGUCUCCUCGCGCACCAACCUCGGCAACGACGAGCUGACGCAGUCACGGCUGGAGGUGAGCACGCUGCUGGCGGCGGGCGACAAGACGCACUCGCAGCUGCUGGAGCUCAUGCCCGAGCGCUCCGGCAACGCGCACACCAGGAACUUCGAGACCGUGCUUAAGGAGCUGUCUACAUACCGUGCCCCGCCGCGCGGCUCGGAGAACCUGGAGCAGGGACUGUUCGUGCCGCGCGCCGAGGUGUGGGAGCGGCACUACGACCCGCUGCACGUGCUGCGCCGCGCCGUGCACCGCCGUGACUUCCACGCUUCCAUGGACCGCUUCACCGCAUACGUGCGCGAGAAACAGAAGGCGGAAAGCGGUGGGGCUGGCAGCGGUACGGGUGGCGGGGCGGCGAGCGGCUCGGCCAGCGGCGCGGCGAGCGGCACGCUGUGGCCGCCGCUGCGCCCCGCGCUGCCCCCGCCUGCCGCCGCCGGGGACCCGCGUCGUAUCUGUCUCUCAGGUAAAACAUUAUAUGGCUAA